UCCUCCUCUCCUCUGUUGCAGCUCCACACACCUUCUGCUGCUCUCAGAUUUUUCUCUGCACACCUCCGGGCCAAAAAACUAAUCGAAAACCAUGAGUCAGCUAGAGACAGCCAUGGCCAUGCUGAUCAAGACCUUCGACACGUAUGCCGGCAAAGAUGGGAAGAAGGAAUCACUGAGCAAGUCCGAAGUGAAGACCAUGUUGGAGAAAGAGCUUCCCGGGCUCCUGAAGGCUGCAAAGAACCAAGACGAGGUGGACAAGCUGCUGAAGGGGCUGGACUUUAAUGGAGACUCUGAGGUCGACUUCAGCGAGUUCGUGGUGCUGGUUGCUGCUCUGACCUGUGCUGCACACGGUCGCUGCUCCAGGAAGAACUAAGCUGCACCCUUGGGUGGGGGACAGACAUGUGAACAACCGCAUGAAAUCUUCACAGUUGCUGUUAUUUUGCAAUGACCUAAUAAAGUGAUUUACCUCAC